CGGGGCCGGCCUGGCCGAGCCUUCGGGUGCCCGGCAUGGGGCUGCUGACCGAGCUGGCCCGCGGGCUGGUGCGGGGCGCCGACCGCAUGUCCCCGUUCACCAGCAAGCGAGGCCCCCGGAGCUACAACAAGGGCCGAGGGGCCAAGAAGCUGGGCGUGCUCACCUCCAGCAAGAAGUUCAUCCGCAUCGAGGAGAUGGUGCCCCAGUUCGUCGUCCCCGACCUGGCGGGCUUCAAGCUCAAGCCCUACGUCUCGUACCGCGCCCCCGAGGGCUCCGAGCCGCCUAUGACGGCCAAGCAGCUCUUCACCGAGGUGGUGGCUCCCCGCAUCGAGAAGGACGUGAAGGAAGGCGCUUUUGACCCCGACAACCUGGAGAAGUACGGCUUCGAGCCGACGCAGGAGGGCAAGCUCUUCCAGCUCUUCCCCAAGAACUACGUGCGGUAGGGAGCGAGCAGCGGGGCUCCCGGGGCUGCUGCGGCGCCUCCCGCGCCCUGGGGAGAGCC